CAGCCACUCUUUUUAGCCUGGCAGUAUUGGGUUAGCAAGCAGCAGGCACUGUUAGGAAGGAACUAUUCUACCAGGGCACAGAUUUUUUACUUUCACUGCCAAGCCUAUCUCACCCUGGUUCAUGGUUUUGUUUUGGUGAUCCGGCGACUGCUUUGUAAAUGAGCAUUAAGAACUCGUCUGCUUUUCGAUCGGAGCACAGUUUCCACCACAGCUCUUCUUCUUCUUCUUCUUCCUCUUCCUCCUCCUGCAGUGACCCUCACAUGGAGAAGUCGCGAGGCAUCCUCGGGGACGACUUUGGGUCCUUCCUCAGGACCCGGGAUGAGCCGCUGGGCUUCGCAGGUCGUGCCAACAGCACCGGGAACAUCAAGACCCUGGGGGACACCUACCAGUUCACAGUGGACGUGAGCGACUUCUCCCCCGAAGACGUCAUCGUCACCACGUCCAACAACCAGAUUGAGGUCCAUGCUGAGAAGCUCGCUGCAGACGGCACGGUGAUGAACACCUUCACCCAUAAAUGCCAGCUGCCCGAGGACGUGGACCCCACCUCAGUGACCUCCGUGCUGGGGGACAACGGCUCCCUCACCGUCAAGGCCCGCCGGCACCCAGCCAAGCACAGCGAGCACGUGCAACAGACCUUCCGGACUGAGAUCAAAAUCUGAGCCGCUCCCCCUGCUCCCCUCAUCACCACCAACACGGGGGCCAUCAAGACACAAUACCAGUCGCUUGAGUUUCUCAAUGUAGUUAGAUGGGAUCUGCCCUGGACCCUGUCUCUAUAAAAGUGGUCUCCUAGAAUAGGUUCCUUUUCCGUUGAGUUCGUUCCAAAGGCAGGUUUUGACUUUUAUUACCAUGCUGUACAUGUAGCACACGUCCCAGUAUACCAUCAAUUUGGACUGAUACCUACUGCAAUACUAGUUUGAUUCCCAGUUCCAUAUAGAUAGAUAUCACACAGCACAGGUUCAAAUAAAUGUCCAAUCUGCACUUUGUUAUACUUUAUUGGCCAUUUUGUUAAGCUGCCAUUGCCCUGUUUUAUGUAUUCAAUUGGUAACCAUGGGCUUUUAUCAUGGUACUAUUAUGAGGAGAUGUAUGUAUUUCAAUAAGCCUUUGUCUAAUAAUAAUGUCAAGCAGCUUCUUUAUAGUGAAUACAUCACUGCGAGGAAAUGGUUUGCUAUUGCUGAAAGUACUAUUGGAAACGUACUCAAGUACUGUAAACCAAUAUCCAGCAUUGUAAAUACGCCCUUUGGUACCACAGCAUAUGGGAAUGGAUGUAUCACAUUGGUACAUUGGUCUGGCUUUUUAAGUCUGGAGAAAGUCCACAGAAAUACAUGCAAGUUAAUGGUUUGGGAAGAGAACUCAUAUCAUCUAUAUAUUCAAUAAUCAAUUCUGAGCUGAGUGACAGUAAAACAGACAAACAUUUGAAUCAAACCCUUAGCUUCUUAUAGUUUUAUCUGAGGUUGUAAAUCAUAUACAUCACUCUUAAUGCACAGCUAAUUUCAGAUGCCCUCUGGAGAUGAGGCUCCUCUCACCGCAACGUUUAAAAGCAGCUGUCACAGUUUUGUAAAUAACGUGUAUUUAUACUUUUUGGUUUUUGUGUUGUUUUUUUAACAUAAUGUGAAUGCUGAAUGCUGGAUGUGCAUUUCUCUCCUGUUAGACUGGCAAGUGCCUAUCAAUCAAGUAUUCAAACCAGUUACUUUGCUCAUCAGAUACAGACUGACAGAUGGGGAUGUGGAGGACACAACACUUUCAAUUGUGGAAGCCUGGAUCAAAUCCAUCCCACAUGUUACUCUCAUGUUGAGUCUCCACUGAUCUCUCUUCAUGUUCAUGUUGUCCAUGGAUAUAACAGUGAUGGUUCAUGGAUAUAACAGUGAUGGUCCAAUUUUUGUAGGUAUGGUCUAACUAUCAGUGAAUCCUUUGCUGUCAGAAACAUGGCUUAUCCUCAUGGAUAAUAACAAACAUAGACCAUGACUUUUCCAUGGGUUCAUAGUAAAUGAUCAUGACUUUUAUGAUGGUCAUAUGAGGGCAAAGUAAACAGGACUACAGUGGACAGAUACCCACAUCCGCAUUAGAUUUCCGAUCACUGAUCAUUGAUCUCAUGGUUUCUGUUUAGAAGUGCCAGUUAGGUUCAAUUUAACAUUCACACACAGAGCCCAAUUGGAGUUUCCCAGGUCAUUCAAAUGGAAGUCUGUCUUUCAGUGCUAUAGUUCAUAAUUAUUUAACAUAGUCCUGGGCUCCCCCUGUAACCCAAGCUCCCAGCCCUGUCUGCACUGCUUUUUGCUUUAUUGUAGAGUUUUGAUCUUGACGUUCUCUAUUGAUCGAUUAAUCAUAUGAUCUACGAUUGAUUAAUUGAUUCAUCACACCUGUUGAUAUGAAAUUGUAUUGAAAGACAGUUACAAGUAAUACAAAGUGUUAACAUGAUACUAUUUACAUACAUAAUGUAUAUUUUCUUACAUGUAAUUUAACAGUUUGAAAAUAUUUGCUUACAUGUAAUUGAAAGUAAACCAAAGUCUUUAGAAGUACCCUGUGGCAUUUUUUAAGAUAUAUUUUUUGUGCACCGUUUUCUCAUCCCACACUCAGGUAGACAAGAUUAAUAAUCGAUCAAUUACUUUUUAAUCAAGCCCACAAGUGUGAUUAAUCAAUUAAUCAUGAAUCGAUUAAAACCCCUACUUUUAUUCAUAGUGCAGGAGAGGCAGAGAGAGUGACACAUGAUAGUCUGUUUCUGUCAAGUUUAUUCUCACAUCAGUGUGUAUGUUCCAUUCUGUCUGGUUGUUCAAAGCUCUAGAAAUUCACUGCUUUGCACAGAUCCUUCCUGUAGCUUUGAAGACCAAGGGCAAGUUGUGGUUUGUGUUAAACUAUUCUCACAUUUAGAUUCUGAAUAAACCUUGAUUGUGAGAGAA